AUGGGUGCCGAUGAUGAAUACUUUCGGCGCAUGUUCACGAGAAUUGACAAUUUUGUGGGCGAGUACGACUUUUUGGAUUUAAACUACCCCUGCAACAUCAGGUUCAAGGGCCAUAACUUCCCGUCUGUGGCUCACGUAAUUUACCUUUUGCGAUAUGUUCAUAAAAUCGAUGGAGUUGAAUAUCACUUUACUCUUCAUGGUGGAUUACAAGAGACAUUUGUAAAUAGCAUAACAGCUUUGAAGAGCGAGGAUUUAAAUAAAGAUCUAGAGCCAAACCCUGAAUGGGAAAGCUGGAGAUAUGAAUGUUUGGAUAAAAUUCUUCGUGAUAAAUUCAAGAGAAAUGUAGAAUUGCGAGAAAAAUUACGCAAAACUGGUGAUAGAGAUAUUCUUUAUAUAUUGCAUGACCUUUAUUUGGGUUCAGAUGGAAAAAAUGGACAGAACAUUUUGGGAAGGAUCACGGAAGGAAUAAGAGCAGAUAUUGAACAGUUCAAAGAUCACGUGGUAUGGUUAUCUGUCUGCAAUAACCUAUGCAGCGAACCGUUUUCCAUUGAGAUUGAGCAAGAUGAUGAUAGAUUUGAUCUAACGGGCUCCAAUUGUUAUGAUAUUGGAAGGCUUCCUAGUUGUCAUAUAAAGCCUCUAAAUACAUCAAUAAGCAGAAUUCACGCAUCCGUAUUUGUAGACAAGGGUGCAAACAUAUAUAUUGUUAAUUACAACGCUUUAACUGGUCUUAAACUCAAUAAUCGCACCCUCGAAGCUCAUACACCAAAAAGGCUCCACAAUGGUGAUGAGUUCACCUUGGGAACUUCUAGUAGGAUAUACAAGGUUUAUAUUGACAGAGAUCACACAAGAAACUACCUUGAAAGGGUUGAAGAUAGAAGGAAGGAAAAUGUUAAAAAGGCGUCACUCAAAGCCAAGAAUUUGGAGAACGAGCUCAAGACAUUUCUCGAAGGAUCCUUGGAGGUCAUGGUAUCAAAUGUAUCAUAUAAGACGAAAAGGGCGGAGUUGUAUGACUUCUUUGGCGUCUGUGGGGAAAUAGACUCUAUCAAAAUACCGCAAAGAGGAAGAUCAGAAGAAGGAGAUGAUGCAUGUGCAUCCCGUGGUAUCGCUUUUAUAAAAUUUAAGACUAGAAAGGCAGCAGAAGCUGCACUUGAAAAGGAUGGAACAUCUUUAAACUAUAGAAAGAUCCAAGUAAAGUAUGCAACUCAAGACUCAUGGGAAGCUACUUUUGUUCGCUCCAGGGAACGCAGGAGCAGAAGCAGAGAAUAUCGUAGAAGUAGAAGCACAGAUCGCAAAAGAUACAGACGCUAA